UUCCGUCUGUUCCGGUUAGUUCCGAUACGGUCUUUUACGAGGAAACAUCUCAGGGAUUCUGACGAUUUGUGCCAGUUGAAAAAAAAGGAUGAUUACAGUUUUGCUUUUCCUAGUCUUGUUCGUGGUGUUUAUUGUAGUCAAAUAUGUCAAGUAUGAGAGAAGCUUUUCCUUCGCUAAAAACAUACCAUCUGUGGAACCUGCCUACCCAAUAGUGGGAAAUGCUUUACAGUUUGUGGGGAAAAAUGGUGAGGAAUUGUUCAAGAAGUUUGCCGACAUGCUCAACCAUCCGGCCAAGCUGUUUCAAAUACGAAUGGGAGUUCUUCGGUUGUUUUGCACCAACGAUCCAGAUGUGGCGCAGAAGAUUCUCACUCAGUGCCUUGAGAAACCUUUCUUGUACGAUUUCUUCAAACUCGAUUAUGGAUUGUUCUCUGCUCAUUAUGACAUCUGGAAAAAUCAACGCAAAUCGUUGAAUCCUACGUUCAAUCAAAAAAUCCUAAACGGAUUUCUCCCGAUUUUCGAUCAGUGUGCCCAAAAUCUAGUCAAGAGGUUGCAGUCUUGUACGGAUGGUGAUUCAGUGAAAAUAACGGACUGCCAUUUGCGAUGUACACUGGAAAUGCUGUGCAGAACUACUUUCGGUGUGGAUAUCAACAAUAAUCCGAAUGCUUUCAAGUUGACCGCACUGAUAAACGAGAUUUUCCACCUGGCUUCAAAACGAAUACUGAGAGUGCAUUUGUACGGGGAGAAAAUUUACCGGUUGACCAGCGAUUAUCGGAAGGAUGUCAAACUGAGGAAAGAGGCUUACUAUUAUGCGGACAAGAUCAUCCAGGAAGUAAUUAAUCGUCGCAAUAAAGAAGCUCCGACACUCGACAACAGCGACCCCGAAUGUGAUGGCUACAGAAAGCCACAGAUUUUCAUUGAGCAGUUACUCAAUCAGCAAGAGAAUAAUAAUUUCACAGAAAUUGAGAUCAUUCACAACGUCUAUACCAUGAUAGUAGCGGGCAGCGACACAACUGGUAACCAGCUCGGGUACAUCUCACUCAUGUUGGCCUUCUUCCCGGAGCUGCAGGAAAAAGUGUACCGGGAAGUGAUGGAAGUUUUCCCAGGGGAGAUCGAGUUCACCAUGGAUAACCUACGCCAGCUGGAAUACACGGAAAUGUUCAUCAAGGAGUGCUUGCGGUUGCUUCCGAUUGGACCGCACGUUAUGCGAUUUACGACCGCAGACACGGAAUUGGAAGGCGUCACGAUUCCCAAGGGUAAUAUAUUGGCAGUCAGCAUCUUCAAUAUGCAUCGGCGAAAGGACAUCUGGGGACCAAAUGCGGACCAGUUCGAUCCGGAGAAUUUCUCGGCCGAGCGGAGCAAAGGCCGGCACCCGUUUGCUUACGUUCCGUUCAGCGGUGGAAAUCGAAAUUGUAUUGGAUCUCGUUACGCGAUGUACAGUAUGAAGAUCGUUUUGGUACGUUUGUUGAGGCAUUUCAAGAUACACACUCGGAGACGUUUCGAAGAUAUUCGUUUCGAAUUUGAAGCGCUGCUGAAGAUGUCAAUCGAACCAGAGGUAUCGUUGGAAAAACGGGCACCUGUAACGAUUAAAAGAAGUAAUUGAAAACAGUAGAUGAAUUGGUUUUAUUGUGAUGCAAUUAUACAUUAAUGAUUAAAAUUACUAAUUUAUUGAUAAAAAAUGUAAGAGAUAUAUCGAAUGUAUACAGUAAACCUCCAAAUAUAUUUCACUCAGUUCUCAUACCGA